AUGCAAAAUGCGGCUAUUCAUUAUGGGUCACCCAUUAUAACUGUUAUAAAUUCUUUACAAAUACUUGAAUCAUGUAUUCAGUGUCGUGAACGUCAUACAAUGACUGGUUCAUCAUCAAAUGAACAAUCAAUUGAUUUUGGUUUUAAUUUAAUAAUGUUAUCACAAGAUGAUGGAAAUGUUCAAAAUCCUUCAAGUAGUAUUGCUGGUUUAACAACAGCUUUAUCAUCAACAUCAACAAAUAAAUUUCUUGUUUUUCAUACAUAUAAAACAUGUCGUCAUUAG